AUGGAGAAUCUGCCACCAGAACUCUGGUUCAAGAUACUCAGCCAUGUGCAUUUUGUUGACUGCGUCCGCUUUAUACAUGUCAGCCACAAAUGUUUUCAGUACGCUAUCCCCAGACUGUGGCGAGUGGCCAAAGAUUUUCAUCUUUUAGAGGUUCCAGGCCAUCAUCACCAAAUCUAUGCCUCCCUGAUCCAAGAGCUUACUGUUACAAGCCCCGAGCCGCAGGAACAUGAAGAGCUAGGGAAGCUUGAAUUCACUCAACUCCACAGGCUGAUAUUUGAAAUUCCCUCUUCUUUUAACUCUCCGCCGUUCCCUGACUCAUCCAUCCAAGGGUACCUCGUGCCUACCCUAACAAGCAUCCAGCUCGACCACGUAGCGAAUCCAGAUUUGCUAGACGCCGUUGCCAGCCAUUACCAUCAGCUCCGUCACAUUAUUCUGGAUAUUCCUGCAUCGCGCUUAACAGCUGAUUCAGUUAUCGACUUCUUCAAAAAAUGCUCGUCCCUGGUGCACAUCGGCCUCCUCAGUGUUCGCCGGCACAGUUUCCCACCGCAGAUCCUCCGCUACCUAGCGGCACAGAAUAGCCUGAGACAGCUUGAUAUCUAUCAGGAUUUUUGGCCAGAGACAAUUGACACUGCAGAUCUCUCUUCUAUACCGCAGCCAUUUAGAUCGCUUCAACAGCUAGAACUCAGCAGUCCAAAUGAGAGUGCAUUUCGGGCCCUUAUCCCAUCAGUCCGUGGGAUCCAGGAACUCUAUCUCCGGCGCAGCGUACAAGUCAUACCCACCAUCAAUUCACUUACUAUAAAUUUGCUUUCCUCCUACUUGACCGAGCUACGGCAUCUGCGGAUCAAAUUUUAUGGCCGUACUAGGAUCUCACCUGACGACCUCAUCUCUCUCGGGGCUCUCACGCACCUGAGAGAAUUACACCUUGUAACCCCGCUACGGAAGGGUUUCAGGAUUCCGAAAUUCAACAACACUCACUUCCGAGCUUUGGUCUCGGGUCUUGUUAAUUUGAGAGAAAUAUCUCUGUCCUGUGCUCGGGAAAAUCUCACAACAGCAUCUCUGAUAGCACUUGCCGAGUCCUGUCCGUGCCUGGUUAGCUGCGCGAUUAGAUGGCUUGAGGUCAACGUCUGUGAGCUUCAACACUGUAAAGCGCCAUUAUUCCCGGAACUGCGGGAACUACUUGUGAACAAUCUUGUUGCCGAGCAUGAAACAGAAGGGUGA